AUACGUUUCACCAACUAUUACCGCUCCCUUUCCGCCUCUGAUUUCAUCUCAACCUUAAGUCCACCUCUAACUCUCUGGGUUGACGUGAAGUGAGAGGCCAGAACAUUGAGGUGA